GGGGGCGGGGCCUGACCCGCGGCUCCGCUCACCGUCAGCAGCGAUCUGUCGGACCGACCGUCACCGACUCCCUUCCCUUCCGCUCUCUGGGGGGGGCAUCGUUUUCGGUAACGGUUCCUUCCCCUCUCCUCCCACCACCACCGUUAUUGCAGACAGAUCGCAGGGAGACGAGCAGUGGAAGAAAAACAGCGCAGGACCUUUCAUACCAGAUUCAUUGUGAUGGAGUUCAUGGCUGCCUCACAAUCCGCAAGCUCCACAAAAGUGCGGAGGAAGAAUACUCGGAAUGGAGUCAGUUCCAGUGAGAAGGCACAACUGGGGCAGUGGGGGAGAGCCUGGGAAGUUGACUGGUUCUCCCUCAUUUCGGUCAUAUUUCUCCUCCUGUGUGCACCGUUCAUUGUGUUUUACUUUGUGAUGUCCUGCGACCAGUACCAGUGUGCUCUCUCUGGGCCCAUCAUCGAUUUGUAUUCAGGAAAAUCAAGCAUCGGUGAGAUCUGGAGUCGAGCCCCAUCCUUCAGCUGGACAGCAGCUAAAAUCUACACCAUCUGGGUGUCUUGGCAGGUGUUUUUGUACAUGUGUGUCCCUGAUGUUUGUCACACAUUCCUACCUGGUUAUGUGGGUGGAGUACAAAGUGGUGCCCGUACACCUAGUGGGGUGAUAAAUGAAUAUCAGAUCAAUGGACUGCAGGCUUGGAUUAUUACCCACGUGCUCUGGUUUGCCAAUGCCAACUAUUUUCAGUGGUUUUCUCCAACCAUCAUAUUUGACAAUUGGAUCCCUUUGUUAUGGUGUGCCAAUAUCCUUGGAUAUGCUGUGGCAACGUUUGCAAUGAUAAAAGCUUAUCUGUUUCCCAGCAAUGCAGAAGACUGCAAAUUCACUGGCAAUUUUUUCUACAACUACAUGAUGGGGAUUGAGUUUAACCCACGGAUAGGAAAGUGGUUCGACUUCAAGCUAUUCUUCAACGGCCGACCAGGCAUUGUGGCAUGGACCCUGAUCAACCUUUCCUUUACAGCUAAACAGCAAGAGCUUUAUGGUCAAGUGACUAAUUCCAUGAUCUUGGUCAAUGUCCUCCAGGCCAUUUAUGUGCUGGAUUUCUUUUGGAAUGAAUCUUGGUAUCUGAAGACCAUUGAUAUUUGCCAUGAUCAUUUUGGCUGGUACCUGGGCUGGGGUGAUUGUGUGUGGCUGCCCUACCUCUAUACUCUCCAGGGUCUAUACCUGGUCUAUAACCCAGUACAACUGGCCACAACCACUGCAGUCAGUGUCCUUCUGUUAGGCCUAGUUGGCUACUAUAUCUUCAGGAUGACAAAUCACCAGAAAGAUCUUUUCCGUCGCACUGAUGGAAAAUGCAAGAUCUGGGGCAAGAAGCCCGAGUAUAUUGAAUGUUCCUACGUCUCCAUUGAUGGCAAAAAGUAUCAAAGUAAGCUCAUGAUCUCCGGAUUCUGGGGUGUGGCCCGUCACCUUAACUACACCGGGGACCUGAUGGGUUCGUUGGCCUACUGCCUGGCCUGUGGGUUUGGCCACCUCUUACCGUACUUCUACAUCACCUACAUGACUAUCCUGCUGGUCCACCGGUGUCUCCGAGAUGAACAUCGCUGCGUAAACAAGUACGGCAAAGACUGGAAACGUUACAAUGAUGAAGUACCUUACCGACUCGUACCUGGAAUAUUCUGAGACUCUCAUGUUUAGGUGACGCAGGUACAGUUCUGUACAGGCUUCAUUUUAAUCUUCUGCCAAGGAAAUUCUACUCAUUUAAUUUCCGAUUAUGAUUUUCAGUCAAGUGAACACUGUAUUUUUUUUGUUGCAAAAUUCAUUCUUUCUUUGAUUGAAAGUAGAAGGAGGUUGGGUGGGUUUUUAACGCCAGUUGUGACAAAAUGACAGCUCUCGUCCUUUUUUUAAACAUAGGUUUUCUGAAUGUGCUGGCCAGGACUUUGCCUAACUCAAAAUUAAGAGUCGGAACAACUAGUUGUGUUGAUGUGCAGGAGUCAAUUUGGCUGUUUUGAAUCAAAAAUCCAUUAUUCCUUUGGACAAAUAAAGGUAGUAAUACCAGCAUAUUCCAUUUUCAAAUCAUACGUUUAAUACAAUGACUUAGUUGGUCCAAAUAAGUGCCCGAAAAGGCUAAAUAUUGUUAGUAUACGAGCAUCCUAAACCUUUAUCUUAAUUUAAUUUAGCCUUUUGAAGGUCUGCUGUGUAUAUGGUCCCUAAUAGUUAACAAAAAAAAUAAAAUUAAAUCAUGAUCAAUCCAUUGUUCAAUGCAUAUACAUUUGUGGAGGUGGGCUCUUUAAAAUCUGUUUCCUUUUUGAUAGCAAAAGUAUUUUAAAGUUUCUUCAGACUUUGCUGGGCCUGUAGACAUGGGAUCGCAAAGCAAACCAAGAAGGAAGUUGUCUUUCAUAAUAAAUGUUAUCGAUAUACAGGGAAUAUUUCUACACUUGUUAAUGUCUUGUUUCAAGGGGAAACAAUCAUUCCCUUCUUCUGGGUUCUGAGCAUGGGGAGAGAAUGGUACAAAAAUGUAAACCUGCCUUGUCUUUAAUGUUAAUAAUAAUAAUUCUUGCAUUUGAUAUAGUGCCUUAUCACAUUGUCUCUACAUCUCAAUGUGCUUCACAGGAUUUACUGUAUUUUGUGCGCGUAAAAAGCUAGUCUUCAGUUUUGAACUAAAGACUAGCCACUGGCUACUUUACUGGGAACCAUCAACCAAUAAACCUUACAGCAACUUAACCUGG